CGUACCUCGGUGCGGAUCCGUCCUCCUGCUGCAUUUGGGAUUGGCUCGUGGGCGCUACAUAGGUACACGUCGCGCAUCGCAGCGUCUUAUGUCGUACUCAGUCGCGCAUACAAUAAUAACGGCCCAAACUAAAAGAGCUGCAGUCACAUUCUAUAGCAAGGCGUGGGCAUCUCACCGCCACGCCCCGAUCGACAUCAGCACGAGGUCUGUAUACCUCUAACACGCCGAGGGUCACACGUUCGCGAAGGCCGAAUCACCUACAGCUGCUGCUGCUUGUUUCGCAUCAUCGCCAAAGGACGACAGCAGCAACAGCGACCAGGACCACGCCCUCGCUCACAUGAGCUCUGACCUCCACCUCGGCCAACUUGAAUCCCGAUCGGAGCACCAUCUUAGCGAUACGCGGGCGUAGCGUGCAGCAUGACUUCCUCCUCGAGCGCCAUGUCGGGAAGCACUCAUCCUCAAGCAGCCUCGAGCAGCGGGCCUUCUUCGUCAGCUCCAAUGGCAAUGAGCGCGCCCAAGGCUACAUCGAGUCAUGUCAUGUCUGCGCCCGAGCUAGCUGCCCAGGGCUUGCUCUUCCGCAAGCCACGUAAUCAGCCAUCUGCUCUGCCAAGCGCAGCAGGUGCGCUACCUUACGAAGGCUCAGCUCCGCCUCCUCCUCCUGCGCACUCUCAACCUUAUCAUCAGCCAAGUCAGCAUCCCCCCCAGCCCUCUAGAGGAUACUCCAACUCUUCUUCUGACUACCAACCUUCAUCAAGCAGUCAAAGCCACGGGCGUGGAAGCGGAAGUGGUGCAGGAAGCUCGUAUCCAGAAGACAGCCCUUCGAAUCGCAACAUGUUCUCAGAACCCUCUUCGUGGCACCAACAUGGGUCUCCCUCGGGGCCCUCUCCCAUUCGCAGCAGCGCUCCGAUGAACCCUUUCGCGAUGCCCCCUCCAGCUCAGCAAGAGCACAGCGUCUCUGGUGGGUGGAAUCAGUAUGGCCGUGGUGGAGGCUCGUCGAGCUCGACUGCGGGAUGGCCAGCUGGAGGCUCUGAUGGUCCUGCAGUCGACGCUCCCGACAAUGCAAGAGACCCGCGACAUUUUCCCGUCGUCCACAAUUCUAGACGUAAUGUCCACGGAGAGCCCUUCCCAAUGCGACCACCGGACGGCAGGCCAAGCGACCGGAAUGGCUGGCCCAAUGCAAGAGAUCGGGAAAGAGAACGUUCACCGGGUUGGAAUCGCAGCGACGGCAGACCUUGGGAGCGCGAGCGCGAGGCGUCACGCGAUUGGGAUCGCAGCCGGCAGCAUCGAGGCAACGGCUUCUCGUUCGGGCAUCAUGGCGACGACGACGAAAGCCACUUUCAUGGAGAUCAUGGAGAGCGCGAUGAGGCUUCGGGUGCCAGCGGUGGUGCGGGAGGCGCGCAGCAAGCAGGUGCGGAUCGCAAAGUCUCGUGUAUGGAGUGCAGAGGCAGUAAGGUCAAGUGCACUGGUGCGGCGCCAGGGGAGUCUUGUGCUCGCUGCGUUCGUCUAGGACGAUCUUGUGUCUUUGAACCUCAUCGCCGGGGCAGGCGGCCUGACUCUGCGAAAUAUGCUAAGCUGGAGAGAAGCUUGGAGACGCUCUUGGGUGCGCUCGGGGACAUCAGAAAGUCGAACGCGCAAGAAUCAGACAAGGAGAAGGACACGGACGAUGCAGGAGCUGAUCCUGCCCAAGCUACCUUGAGGAAGCAGCUCCUGGCACUCAUAUCCAACAGCGCCGGCGAUGCAGACAAAGGCGAAGAAAGCGCGAGCGGGAACAUUGACCAGGCCAACACCUCUGAGAGAUCUGGCAGCGUCAACAGUCCCAUGGACGAUGCAGCCAGUGCACCAUCCCGCGCUUCGAAACGGCAGCGAACUCGCUCGACGUCGUCCCGUGAGGCGUCCUCCGCCAUGCCGAUCGUCGUGGAGCCGCCAUCGCCUCGUAGCAGCGAGAAUGUGGAAGGCGCAAACUUCCCGAAAGAUGUCGAUGAGUCCGAGAACAGCAAGGAGGAGCCCGCAAAUCUUGGCUUACCGCCGCUCUCGAAUCCGCUCAAGCUGCUUGCUCAAGCUUCCUCCGCUCACAGCGCCAACAACCCUGCAUCGCCUGCUGUGCCUUCAACUCCGAUCUCAUCUGGUCUGGAGCACCGCCGCAGCGCCGGGGCAAAUGCAGCAACUUACUGGACCUUCGGGCUCUACUCUGCCAGGUUAGAUACGCGACCUGGGUUGUGUCCCAUCGCAGGCGGACUCGUCAGCGAGAGCGCGGCCGAGAUACUUUGGACGCUCUUCAUGAACCAUCUGAAUUCGCCGAUCACGCUUCUGGAUCCGAAUCUCGCCACCUUCGCUUAUGCUCGUUCCCACUCUGCCUUGCUGCUCACCGCGGCAUGCGCUCUUGCGGCACGCUUCGCCCUUGAACUUCCGGAUGCUGCAGGGAUUGCUAGUCGUCUUGAUAGCCACAUUCAGACGACAAUCUUGCCUGCCGUUCUCAUGGAAGGUUUCAGAAGCCCUGAGAUCGCGCAAGCGCUGAUCAUCAUGGCUGCUUACCAUAACCCGACAAAGACGCUGGCCGAUGAUCGUUCUUGGUCUUUACUAGGCUACGGCCAACGAAUUGCGUCUGAGCUCGAUAUGAAUUCAUCUAUCUUGAGCGCCAAGGUCGGCCGCCAAAAUGGUGCUUCGUCAGAGGGCGACGACCACAGCGGCUCUGCGGAGCUUGACGAGGGCUUUCAACGCCGGUUGCGCAGCCGAGAAAGAACUUGGAUGAAUCUCUUCCUCUUCGAGCAAUCGCUAUCGACGCACAUGGGUCGCCGGUCCACUCUAGUUGUCGACCCCGUCGUCCGCGAGAGCGCCGCCGGCUGGCACAGAGCACCAUUCGCUAUCGCAGAUGACGAAGCCGUCGUGGCCGUUCUGCAACUCCGCCUCUGUGUGCGCAAGCAUCUUGAAUUCUUCGACCGUUCUGUCGCAGGUGGUGGAGCGGAGCACGCAGCGCUGCAGCUGGAGUUCUUCCGCCAAAGUGCCAAAGCCGACGUGGACGCCUGGAGAGCAACGUGGUGCGAACAGAGAAGUGGAACGUACAGGAUGCGCAAUGGACGCCUUUACGCCAAUUAUGCGCUCAUCAUUCUCUAUUCUUUCGCGCUGAGGAGCACUCAUGUUCCAACAGAAAGUCUGGCACCAAUCUACCGCGACUCUUUCGAGGCCUCUCUCACAUAUCUGACCUUGUUCCUCGACAUUUUCACACCUCAAAAGCUCAUCUAUUCCAACAAUAGCUCGACGGUCACCGUUGCGUACGUCAGUGUCUUUGCCCUCAAGCUCACAGCGCUGGACCCCGACAAGCAGCGCUUUGCCUACAUUGACGCCGACCAGACUUUCUCCCUGGUCGGGCGCGUCGCUAGUGCGCUCGCUGCUGCCGGAUCGGUCACACCAUGGCGCGAAGGCUGCGCUGGCUCUUAUGCGCCGUACCUCUCUGCCGUGCUCGCCCGCGCCCGCCGCGCCUAUAGGAAACGGCAGCAGGAAGGCGGAACGCAAGUUAGCGGUCAGCAUGAUUUGGUGGCCAGUUCGGGCGACCCGCAGGCUGGCGGACGAGAUACCAAUUCCGACUCACACGUACAAGGUGGUGCUUCCCAGAAGCGAGCUCGAGCAUCGGGCGAGCACAGUGUUGUUGGAGACGUCAGUCCGUCGCACAGCUCUCCCGACGCUUUCGCGUUUCAUGCGGGACCCUCUGGCGUCCAAUCCUCUGCUGCCAAUGCCGGCACGCUCGAGAAUGGGAACCAGCCUUGGGAUGCCCAGAAUCAUGACAUGGUCAGCCACCUUUUGGAGUCCAGCUUGUUCACGGACAUGUCCUUCGUUAGUACUGGAGCAGGUUGGGAAGGCGCUUUCGAAUGGCCUGUUGGUGUCUGAAGGCGUGCCAUCGUAUUCAAAACCAUUCUCAUUGCUCGCUUGCCCACCACGAAAGUCGGCUGGCAUACAGCUCAUACGCCGUUGCCCCUUGCCACCCGCAUUUUUGCUCUGCAUGCAGUGUCACCUUCACCUGUGUCAUCUUUACUCUCUCGCUCAAUGUAAGACUAGACACUUUGUC